CAUCCCGGGCCCCCGCGCCGCCGCCCAGAUGCCCGGGGCCGGCCGAGCCGCGGGGGUGCGCCGCCUGCGCCCGCGGCGCCCCGAGGAGCCGCCCGCCCGGGAGGACGAGGACCUUCUCUUAGCAGCUGCUUAUGUUUCUGAUGCCCAGUACAACAGAAAUGUUCCAUUUGAAACAUCUCCUCGGGCCAUCAGACUUUACUAUUUUUAUAACCACUGGACAAUGCAAGUAGCCAUCUACUUCUUUAUUUGUGUAGACCUUUCUCUCGCUCUGUUUGAAGAACCUGCGCUGUUUCCACUGCCUUUCUUGGCUACCUCAAUAGCAGAAGUGCUCUGUCUGACUGCGUUCUUUGGGAGACUUGUACAUUUUGCAAAAGUCACUCCCCAGAUGGUUUUCUGGAAGGAUACGAAAAACAUCUGCAUCAUGGUAACCAUAGUGCUGACCUUAAUCGAUUUGAUUAUCUAUGGUUCCCUGGAAGCUGUUAAUAUCCACAGCAUUCGGUGGUCCAGGGCCCUAAGGCCAGUCUUCCUAAUUAACUUCCCUGAAAGCCGUCAGAUCCGAAGAACUUUCAGAAGCAUCCGGAACACUCUGCCCGAUAUCCUCUACGUCUUCCUCUUGUUUAUGUUCAGCGUGCUAAUCUUCUCCCUUAUGGCCUUGAAGCUUUUUGGGGUUAGGAGUCUUAAAACAGUGGAAGGCUUGCCCUACUUCACAGAUAUCCUGGAGAUAGCGUUUGAACUCUACGUGCUGGUCACUACUGCGAACAGCCCCGAUGUCAUGAUGCCUGCCUAUAACUUCAGUCGGUGGUACUCUCUGUACUUCAUCACCUACAUCAUCAUCAAUACCUACAUCUUCAUGUCCGUCUUUCUGGCUGUGGUCUACAACAAUUACAGGAAGCACUUAAAGAAUGAGAUUCUCAAACUGGCAUACCUGAAACGUCGCAAAAUGAUAGAGGCUUUCAACAUUCUGAAAGUCAAGGUGGGCACAGAGUUUGUGGUGACAGAGGCCCAGUGGAAGCGGCUGGCCAAGAUCGUGAUGCCACACAUCAGCAGUCCCCACCUGGAGCUCCUUUUGAGGAUCUCCGACGAGGGACAGAAGGGGCACGUGGACAAAAUGAACUUUCUACGCUUGGCUGACCUCCUCAAUAUUCAGGUAGUCGCCAUCAACAUCAAGAGACACCCACUGGAAGACUGGAUGCCUCGGGUAUACCAGUCGUCUGCAAGCCUCCUGGUCCAGAGAAUGGUUCGGCACAGGAUUUUUGUCUGGGUUUAUGAUGUCAUCAUUCUAGUAAAUGCCAUAUUCAUUGCUCUGGAUGAGAAAAAACCCUUCAUCUCUAACGCAGAAUGGCUUUUUCUUUCUCUAUAUAUUAUUGAAAUUCUCCUGAAACUGUACACAUAUGAGCCCAGAGCCUAUUUUGGCAGGAAGCAGUUCUGGAACUGGUUUGAUACGCUGAUCAUCAUCGCGGCCCUGGUGGCCACUGUGGCCAACGCCACCAUUCAGUCAGGAAAUUAUAACAGUCAGCAGAUACUGGAUAUUGUCUUGAUAUUGAGGAUACUCCGGCUCCUAAGGAUCAUUGUCAGUAUUCAGAGAUUCCGGCUUAUCGUGACCACCUUAAUUAACAUUGGCCCCACGAUACUGACGUUUGGUGGACUUGUCUUGGUGGUCUACUACGUCUUUGCUAUCAUUGGGAUGGAAGCAUUCCAAGGCAAAGUCCGGUUCUUCGACCCGAAUUUCACCACUCCCGAAGCUCAGGUGUGUGGGAACCCAGCCUUGACCGGCUCCGCAUUCGCCCGAGACCACUAUUGCAAGAACAACUUCAACGACCUCGCCUCCUCGUUCAUCGUGCUGAUGGAGCUCACGGUGGUGAACCAGUGGCACGUCCUCGCAGGUGGCUUCGCUCUGGUGACUCACCAGGCGGCAAAGCUGUACUUCAUCAGCUUCCACAUUGUGGUCGUCAUUCUCAUUGUUAAUAUUUUCAUAGCGUUCAUCUUGGAGGCAUUUUUUGUGGCAUACUCCUUAGAAAAAAGUGAAGUCGAAACUGCUAUCGAGAAGAAGAUUCAAGAGCUUGGAGUGGGAGUUCAAGAAGAAGAAAUGCAGGAUGGGAAGCUCAUUGAUAACAUGGAUGCCAAAGACAGUGGCUUCAGUGGGGAUGAUGGAGACAACAAAAGGAAGGCCUUGAAAGGAUUGUACUUCAGAAUUGCAUCUAAAAAGUAUAGGACUGUGGACGCCCUGCUGCAGCAGAUGUUCGAGUCCGAAAUCACUCCAGAGGAUGAAGGCCCUUCCUUGGAUGAGAUUCUGAACUUGUCACCCAGUGACAUAUAUCCCAAGAAUCCCAGUCUUGGAAACAGUGCAUGAUUCUGGACUGGAAGGGUCCACACCUGGAAACCAAGCCAAGCUAGCAUCACCUCUUGCAUAUGCUGUCUAGAGAUGGCUUUCCCCACUGGGUUGUCUCUGUGGCCUGACCAGCCUGGGCUUCAGCCCCGUCUGCCCUGCGAGGUCAGCUGAAAGGUGUGCAGAGGCUGCCUCUGUGUGACCUGCCGGGGGUGGUUCUGAGGUCUGUUCAGAGCAGUAAGGAGGAGAUCUAUGAAGAGAUCAUGAGGAGCACUUAUCGUACGCCUGUACGUAUGUGUGUGAGGUCUUUUCAGUGCAUAUAUGAAAGCUUUUCAUUUAUUUUUAUAUGAUAUUUUGCUAUUCUGUUAAAUCCUGUGCUACAUGUUAUGUGAAUGACUUUUGAAUAUUUAAAUAUAGUAAAGGAAUAUAUCUAGUA